AUGAAAUUUUCUCAUUCGUUGACUUUCAAUGCUGUUCCAGAAUGGCAACAGGACUAUUUGAACUAUGACGGGCUUAAAAAGCUCAUUUAUCAGAUUCAAGAGCAAGUUUACGAACAAUUCGCUGGGCCCGAGGGUCAGAACAUCAGCACGACCACUAUUUCAGAUUUAGUCAACGAAGCCCAAGCUCAGUUAAAGAAAGAUCUUGAUUCAGCUGCUUCAUCUUCAGACAAUGCAAAGACAACUUCAGAAUCUUCUGGUAAUGCUUUUUCAUCUGACGCAGAAAAAACGAAGGUGAUUUCAAAGCAAAAAUGGAGCAAGAUUUCCGCAUUACUUAAGCGUAACAAACCACAAGAACAUCAUGAUUUGGAAAAGGGUAUUGAUUCGAUAAAGAAUAAAGGAAGUGAAGCUGAAUCUGAUACUUACAGCGUAGCUCUGUUUUCACCCUCUGGUGGGUCUCACGGCCUGCCUGUGGACUUUACAGACACUUUGGUAAUGGCUGCAAUUGUUGAAGAGCUUUUGGAAUCCAUAAGUGAUGUCAAGCCGACAUUAAACAACGGCUAUGUCUUACGAGCCUUUGCUGUUCAGUUGCUUCCAGAGUUGUCCAAGGUUUCCAAUUUCUUUGAAUCAAAGUAUCUGGAAUUGUCUCUUGAUUACGAUAACUUGUUCAAAGAUAUUGAAAAGAUGAACAUCCAAUAUGCUCCAUUUGGUGCAGAAUUGGGUGAUAAUGGACUUGGAGGUGCUGUUAUUGGCCGUAGACAACUGAGAGGUUCAAAUAGAAGAAGAUCUUCUGUAUUUGAAACCAUCAAUCAUUUGGAUAGAAAAUUAACUCGCAGAAGUUCAAAUGCUUCCAAAAAGCUGAAUGGUAAGAAUCCUAUUGAAAGUGCCAUUGUUAGUGAUGAUGAAGAUGAUUCAGAUAUUGAUGAUUUUGAAGUAAGCAAGCAUUCUUUGCUUACUGACAAUGACUUCGAUGAAACUGUUCAAAAGCAAGUCACCUUGAAAAAGAAGUCUGUACUUUUGUUCAUCUCCUUGAAUGAAUUGAAGUCUUUCAUUGAAUUAAACAAAAUUGGGUUCACGAAGAUUUGUAAAAAGUUCGACAAGACCAUGAACUAUAAAAUCAAAGAGGAAUUUGUCACUCAAUUCAUUUCAAACUAUUCCAUGUUCCAGAGUGCCACUAUCAACUCACUUUCGUUUAAAAUCAACCAGGUUGUUUCAGCUUAUGCAUCCCUUUCAGAAACUAGUAAAGAUGCUGCCAGUACCGAGUUGAAAAGUUACUUGAGAGACCAUAUUGUCUGGGAAAGAAACACAGUUUGGAAAGAGAUGUUGUCUUUGGAAAAGAAGACAUUCAACAUUGAACCAAAUACCCAAGCAGUAAACUUGGAUGACGACAUUUUAAAUAUUGAAUGGACAAGGAUCAAGUUUAUUCCCUUCCCAGUCCCUAAGUCCCUCUUGACUUCCCAAACUAUUAAAUUGAUUAUCAUUAUCAUUGUAUUUUCUGUUUUAAUGGCAGUCAAGACUUUUAAGGAUCCAGUUCAGGGUAGAGCUCUUGCAGUUUUAGUUGCUUCAGCUAUGCUUUGGGCUUCAGAAGCACUUCCUCUUUUUGUUACCUCCAUGCUUGUCCCAUUACUUGUUGUUACAUGCAAGGUCUUGAAAAACAAAGAUGGUACUGUGAUGUAUGGUCAGGAUGCAUCACAAUACAUUCUUGGAGUUAUGUGGUCAUCCGUUAUUAUGCUUUUAAUUGGUGGGUUCACUUUAGCUGCUGCAUUAUCUAAAUAUAACGUUGCCAAAGUUAUUUCUUCAUUCAUUUUAGCCCUUGCUGGAACAGAUCCUAGAAUUAUUCUUUUAGCCAUUAUGUGUGUUUCUGUUUUCCUUUCCAUGUGGAUCUCUAACGUUGCUGCACCUGUGUUGGCCUUUUCAUUAAUUCAACCAAUUUUAAGAAGUUUACCCACCACCAAUCCCUUUUCUAAGGCAUUAGUUCUUGGAAUUGCUCUUGCAUCUAACAUGGCAGGUAUGGCCAGUCCUAUUUCUUCACCUCAAAACAUGAUUGCUAUAGAAGCUAUGACUCCAAAUCCAGGUUGGGGUAACUGGUUUGCAGUUGCGUUACCAGUUUGUAUAUUUGGUACCAUCCUUAUUUGGUUAGAGUUGAUUUUAGUUUUCGAUAUCAAGUCUGUUAAAAUCAAGGCUUUCAAACCAAUUAAAGAUAGAUUUACUGUUAAACAAUGGUUUGUGUCCAUUGUUUCCUUUGUCACCAUUAUUUUGUGGUGUACUUUAACCAAGACUGAACUGACUUGGGGUGAACUGGGUAUCAUUUCUUGCAUUCCAGUGGUGCUUUUCUUUGGUACUGGGUUAUUACGUAUUGAUGAUUUAAACAACUUCCCUUGGUCGAUUGUUCUUUUGGCUAUGGGUGGUCAAGCUCUUGGUAAAGCUAUUACAUCAUCUGGCCUUUUAAAGACAAUUGCUAUUGCAUUACAACAUAAGAUUGAAGAUUUCCCACUUUUUGCAAUCUUUGCCAUUUUUGGAAUCUUAGUUCUCGUGGUUGCUACUUUUGUUUCUCAUACUGUUGCUGCUUUGAUUGUUGUUCCUCUUGUUAAGGAAGUUGGCGAGAACUUGCCACAACCUCACCCACUGAUUUUAAUUAUGGGUACUGCCCUUAUGGCUUCAGCUGCUAUGGGUUUGCCCACUUCUGGAUUCCCUAAUGUGACUGCUAUUAGUAUGACAGAUGAAGUUCGAAAGAGAUACCUUACAGUGAAUUUGUUCAUUACUGUAGGUGUUCCUGCUUCCCUUUUGGCAUUCUUGGCUGUUUUGUCUUUGGGUUUUGGUGUCAUGCAUGGUAUUGGGUUUUAA